UGAUUUGCCAAAUGAAAGGACGUUUUUGCCGUCCUUAAAAUCGAAAGAUAAGAAUGCCCACAACACCAAGAAUGCCUACCUCCGUAUAAAAUAAGGCCAUCAGUCAAUUCGACUUGCUGUUACCACAAAUCGGUACAAUGGCCAACACCGCCCACCUGGUCCGCAGACAGAGCUCCCGCGAUCUCAAUCCACAACGAUCACUCGAUCGGUUGGAACUCAGGGAAAUGCGUGGAAGACUGGUCAUCGAAAACGGGAGUAAAGGAACUUACGGGUCUACUAACGCUGCAUUCGAAGAUACAAGUCCUAAUUCCAAGAUCAAGUCGGUUUCCAGUAGUAAAAGGACCUCUAUAGAAGGCAAAGCCAUUUUCAAACCGGAAUGUGUGGAAGACGAACGAGAAUCCUGGGACAGCAAACUAACUUUCCUCCUGGCCACUAUCGGAUAUGCCGUGGGUCUAGGAAACGUAUGGAGAUUUCCGUAUCUGGCUCAAAAAAACGGUGGAGGGGCGUUUCUGAUACCCUACUUCAUCAUGUUGGCUAUUGAGGGAAUCCCGAUCUUCUACUUGGAAUUGGCCAUUGGCCAGAGGCUCAGGAAGGGUGCUAUUGGGGUGUGGAAUCAAGUGUCGCCAUUUUUAUCAGGGAUAGGCAUUAGCAGCGCAGUGGUAUCUUUCAACGUUGCUCUGUACUACAACACGAUAAUAGCAUGGUGCCUAUUUUAUUUCGUCCAGAGUUUCCAAUCACAGCUUCCAUGGGCCGAGUGUCCAAAUCUCUAUUUUCCAAACGGGUCCUAUACCAUUGAACCAGAAUGUGAGGUGAGCAGUCCGACGCAGUACUUCUGGUACCGCACCACCCUCAUGAUCUCCGAGGACAUCAACACCCCGCAAACCUUCAACUGGAAGAUAGCCCUCGCCCUCUUCAUCGCCUGGAUCCUCGUCUACCUCUGCAUGAUCAAGGGCAUUGCCUCCUCAGGCAAGGUUGUCUAUGUCACGGCCACUUUUCCCUACUUGGUGCUGAUCGUCUUCUUUUUCCGUGGAAUUACCCUCAAAGGAGCAGGGGACGGUUUGAGGCAUCUUUUCACCCCAACGUGGCACACCAUUCUGGAUCCGGUCGUGUGGCUGGAGGCCGGCACGCAGAUCUUCUUUUCGUUGGGGUUGGCCUUUGGAGGGCUGAUAGCCUUCUCGUCUUACAAUCCAGUUAAUAAUAACUGCUAUCGGGAUGCGAUUAUGGUGUCUCUCACUAAUUGCUUCACGUCCAUGUUCGCAGGGAUAGUUGUUUUUUCGAUCAUCGGAUUCAAAGCAACAAUGACGUACGAAAAAUGUCUAGAUAGCAGGAAUGCCACUUUGUUCGAAUUGUUUGGGGGCGAUUAUAAUGAGAGCAGCUUACCUAUUGCUGGAUCCCUCAUCAGAGUUCCUAACGGAAAAGAACUGGUCAGCAAGCUGAUGCCAACAUUGCCUUUUUGUGAUUUGGAAACAGAAUUAGACAAGUCAGCUUCCGGUACCGGACUAGCCUUCAUCAUCUUCACCGAAGCCAUCAAUCAGUUCCCUGGUGCUCAAUUCUGGUCCAUCCUCUUCUUCCUCAUGCUCUUCACGCUGGGUAUCGACUCUCAGUUCGGCACUCUCGAAGGCGUGGUCACUUCAGUGGUCGACCUAAAGCUCUUCCCCAACCUGCCCAAGGAGAUUCUCACCGGGUCCAUCUGCGUGGUGUGCUGCCUCAUCUCCAUGGCGUUUGCUCACGGGGCAGGGAGCUAUGUAUUCGUGCUGUUCGAUAAUUAUUGCGGGACUUACCCGCUGCUGAUCAUCGCUUUCUUCGAGUGUAUCGGAGUGUCGUAUGUUUAUGGAUUGAAGAGAUUUGCCGACGACAUCGAGAUGAUGACGGGCAGCCGGCCUGGCCUCUACUGGCUGAUAUGCUGGAAGUACCUCUCCCCUUUGGCUAUGCUCUCCAUCCUGGUGGCCAGCUUCAUCCAGAUAGCCGUGGAUGGCACUGGCUACUUCGCGUGGGUGGCCGCCAGAGGGGAGAGCGAGCGACAUCCGUGGCCCGUGUGGGCCGUUCUGCUGAUUACGGUGCUGGUGAUGGCGUCGGUGUUGUGGAUACCAGGGGCGGCCAUUGGAAGGUUAUUCGGCUACAUUUUGAUUGACGACAACGAGACAGCCUGGUUUCCCGCCAACGAUCUGAAAGAGUUCCACGGCAUAAUGCCGCACGAGGUCACUACCGCCGAGUCCCUUCUGUUCUGCAUGAGGGCCGAUGGCUCGGAGGGACUGUGUUGUCCCACCGCACAUUCUUAUGACGACGAUGACGACGACGAUAAUUGAUGACAAUAAUCUAGUACCUUCAUCUAGCGAGUGCCUAGGCGAUCUGACGUUUGAUGAUUCUCGAAUAGUUAGGACACAGUAGAGAUGCUAUGUUCGUUCUAGGUGGAUUCAUGGUGGGAAUAUAAUAUGGUGUGCUACUAAGGUAUCUUUGAUUCGUCUCUUCUGCGCAUAACGUCAUUGCGAGUUCAUACUCGCACCAAAAUGAUUACGGCGACUGGGGUGAACUGCAUAACUUUAAGCUCAGAGUACGAGCAAUUGUUCUACUCGCAGUGACGUAUACGAAGAUGCGUUUAAGCUCACCUUACUAUAAUUCUACCGAUACAGAACUCGAAUUAUUCGUUCUUAACUGAAAUACCUGACUAACUUAACGUGUUUUGACAAUUCUGUGACGUUUUCGUGGUGGUUUUGUGUCAUUUCUGAUGCUAUGACAGACCUGUGACGUUUUUGGGACGUUUUUGUGACUAGUUUUGUAACAAUACUGUGACAUUUUUGUUCCGCCUCCUUCUUCUACAUGAGUGGCGGAGAUUGAUGGCAAUGCUAACAGUCGGUUUCAUAAUAUUCAACUUGAGGUUUCCUUUCAUUUAAGAAGUACCCUUUAUGUGGGGUACCUGAUUUCAUGA